AUGCCAAACUGUUCCUUUCAAGAUGCUAGAACUGUGUGUAUUAACUACGAAGCAGUAAAUGAACUUGAUAUCCAGUCUAUGAAGAUUUCUAAUACUUUGCUUAGUCGUCGAGAUGAACUACAAUCUCAGGGUCAAUCAAACUUGCGUUCAUUUAACAGUGACUCCUAUUCUCGUGUAAAUAUGAAAGGUGUUUCAACGAGGAAUUACAAGGCAAAUCACAAAGGUGAGAUGAAGUUUGGUAAAUGUUUAUCAUGUGGAAAGUUUCAUGCUCGCAAUUCAUGUGUAUUUCGUAAUGCUAAAUGUUUUAAGUGUGGCAAGGUAGGACACAUUCAGUUAGUAUACAGAGCUACUGUCCAUUUUGCUUCAAGCUGUACUAAAUCUUGUACUUUAAAUUUAAAUAAUUCGGAUGUUUCUAGUGAUCAUUUAUCUUUGUCUACUAUUUCGAAAGGUAAUGCUCAUAUUCAAAAACGACUAUAUACAUCGCUUGGUUCAUUUCAUGACUUUAUUCUGGACACAGGCAGUAUAGAGUCCAUUAUUUCAUUCAAGAACUUGAAAGCUUUAGAUCCUAACGUUGUACGACCCACUGAAGUAUCAAUAUUGGGGAUUAAUGGACACAGACUGCCCAUACGAGGAUGUUGUGAAUUGCUAAUGAGAGACGAUAAUUCUUUAUACAUACCUUGUGAAUUUUUAGUUAGCGAAACAGGACUGUCAAUUUUGGGUUUAAGGAAUUGGAAAAGGCUUAAGGUGGAGUUGUCCUUCCUAGUUUCUAAAGAGAAUUUGGAUACUUUACUUAAAGAUUUGAUAGCUAUGUGUGCUAAGUGCAGUGGAGGUAUGAAAAUUCAGUCUAUAAAACUUCAAGUACAGGGUGAUCCAGUCUUUCUUAAAAGACGAAUAAUUUCUUAUGUUCUUUGA